UGUGCUCACUGCUACCUGCUAGUAAUGUCUUUGAGACAAGGACAUAUGGACAAGGACACCACUUUUUCUGAAAACACAGCAGCCUACUGUGAGCUAUCAUAGAUUUCAUAGAGAAAAACGAAUUAUCUGCUGUUCAUUGCAUUCCAAUAACAGAAACCACAAGGGACUACAAGUUGUGGAAUAGGACAAUCUUCCAGUGAGUACAGUCACCUAUACCUCACAAUCAGAAGGCUACAAUGGCAGUCUCUCCAGUGAUUGGAUCCUUUGUCGCUGCGGACUAUGCUGUCUUUGUUCUGAUGCUGCUGGUGUCUGCAGCCAUCGGGGUGUACUAUGCCAUCGCCGGAAGGGGCCAGAGCAGCUCCAGAGAGUUUCUGAUGGGGGGCCAGAGUAUGACAGCCGUACCUGUGGCUCUGUCCCUGACUGCCAGCUUCAUGUCGGCUAUCACAGUGCUGGCCACCCCAGCCGAGGUGUACCGAUACGGGGCAAGCUACGGCCUCUUCAGCCUCUCCUAUGUGCUGGUGGUGGUGGUCAGCUCAGAGGUCUUCCUCCCUGUCUUCUACAGGCUGGGCAUCACAAGUACCUAUGAGUAUCUGGAGAUACGGUUCAACAGAGCCACCCGUCUGUUAGGGACAGUGAUGUUCAUUGUUCAGACUAUACUCUACACGGGAAUAGUCAUUUAUGCUCCAGCUCUGGCAUUAAACCAAGUGACUGGGAUGGAUCUUUGGGGUGCUGUCAUUUCAACAGGAGCGGUUUGCACGUUUUACUGCGCUAUGGGCGGUCUGAAGGCGGUGGUGUGGACGGAUGUGUUCCAGGUGGGCAUCAUGGUGGCAGGCUUCCUGUCUGUCAUCAUCAGAGCCGUGGUCCUGCAGGGAGGAGUCUCCAACAUCCUCAACCACGCAGAGUUCGGAGGACGACUCAACUUCUGGGACUUUGAUGCUAGUCCACUGAGGAGGCACACCUUCUGGACAAUCACAAUUGGAGGCACAUUUGUCUGGACCAGUAUCUAUGGGAUCAACCAAGCCCAGGUGCAGAGAUACAUCUCUUGCAAAUCCAUGACUCAGGCCAAAAUGUCUCUCUACAUUAACUUAUUAGGACUGUGGAUCAUCAUGCUGUGUUCUGUGUUUGCGGGGCUGUGUCUGUACUCCGUCUACAAGCACUGUGACCCCUGGACAYCAGGCAUGGUGUCUGCUCCAGAUCAGCUGAUGCCAUAUAUGGUGAUGGACAUCCUGAGAGACUACCCUGGACUGCCAGGAUUGUUUGUGGCUGCAGCCUACAGUGGGACCCUAAGCACGGUAUCGUCCAGUGUCAAUGCUCUGGCUGCCGUGACUAUUGAAGACCUGAUCAAGCCGUACACACACAUGUCAGAGAAACACCUGUCCUGGACCUCUAAAGGCCUCAGCUUUCUGUAUGGGGCUCUCUGUAUUGGAAUGGCUGGCAUAGCCUCACUCAUGGGAAGUCUGCUGCAGGCAGCUAUCAGUAUCUUUGGGAUCAUCGGAGGGCCUUUACUGGGUCUCUUCUCGCUGGGGAUCCUCUGUCCAUACGCCAAUGCCACAGGGGGCUUGGCUGGUCUGCUCUCUGGGCUGGUUAUGUCUCUGUGGGUGGGGAUAGGGGCCCAGUUUUACCCUCCUCUACCAGAGCAGAGCAGGCCUCUGGGUCUGACCACACAUGGCUGUAACUUCACAACCGCAGCCGAUGCGUUCAACUGGACCGCAUCCCCAACAGAACCAAGCCUAUACACUACAGUACUACAGCAAAAUACAGCAGAGAGACCCUUCCUGGCUGAUAACUGGUACUCCCUGUCCUAUCUCUACUUCAGUCCUAUUGGGACACUUACAACACUGGCUGUUGGACUGGUGGUCAGUCUACUUUCAGGGGGUAUGAAGUUGAAUUUGGAACCAAGGGUGACUUUGAUGAAAGAAGAUACAAUGUUAUUUUGCUUUUACAAGCUCUUUAAAGAAAGGGCCAUGAGAAGAGCAGGAGAGCUGGACCUCACAAAAACCAGAGAGAACAAAUUGGGAAACAAUAACCCCGGCUUCUGCAAUGUCCACGAGUUGGAUUUCAGAAAGAGCAGUCUUCCUACAUAACAUACUGAUAAAACCAUGACUUAACAGUUGCUCUUUCUUCUCAUACUUCUCCCUCCCCCGUGCCGCUGUUUUUCACGUGACUCAUGAAUGUCCUUACAGAUUGUAUCAAUAUCUCAUCUAUAUCCUCAUAUUUCUAUAUACAGUGUCCUCAGAAAGUAUUAUCCCACAUUUUGUUGUGUUACAGCCUGAAUUUAAAAAACUAUUCUCACCCAUCUACA